AUGAUGUCCGCUGCUGCACUUCGAAUAUCCACGCAAAAAUGGUCGACCACUACGGCCACAUCCCUCCAGCAAACGGCAACUGAAAUGUUGGCCAAGCGUCUCUUGGGGACAACAUCGUGCUCCAGUGUCUCGGCCAUGGCCACUCCAGGAUUGCGACGCGUCACUUGGAAGAAGACGACGACCCACACUACUACUCCACGUCAAGAGAUUUGGAACAAGAAUUUUGCCCGUUUGUACGCUCGUCGCAUGCUGGAAUUGGCCGCCUUGGCAGCGGCAUCGCGUCGAUUCGUGACGGAACUCGAGAGUGCCAUUGAUAAGCCAUCGCAAUGGAAAGACUGGGAAUAUCGAGAUUGGACGGACGAUCUCUUGGCCAGUCUCGGACGGACCAAAUGGGAACGAUUUUGGUCGUCGACACAACGCGUCGUGUCGUUGGGACUGCUGGCGACACCCUUGGCCAUUUUGAUGCCCUUGUCCAGAUUCUCCGAGACGUGUCAUCAAUGGAGUUGGGAUUAUGCCUUGUGGGGGAUCGAAAUGGCCGGACCGACAUUUAUCAAACUCGUUCAAUGGGCAACCACAAGACAGGAUUUGUUUAGUCAAGAAUUCUGUCUCCAUUUUGGCAAAUUGCGCGAUGAAACCAAGGGACAUUCCUUUGCCGAAACACAACAAAUCCUCCAAGAAGAAUUCGGCACUCGACAUGUAUCGCAAUGGCUCAAAAUGGAUCCCACACCCAUUGGAUCGGGAUGUAUUGCUCAGGUAUACCAUGGACGAUUGCUCGAGGGAACUUCCAAAUAUCCUGCCGGAACGGAAAUUGCACUCAAAGUGCAACAUCCCGGAAUUUGGCACAAGGUCUGUGUCGACUUUUACCUUCUCGCCAAAAUUGCAAAGUUCUUGGAGGGAUUGCCCAAACUCAACCUAAAGUACCUUAGUUUGGCGGACACGGUCCGGCAGUUUCGAGAUAUCAUGUUGCCACAACUCGAUUUGCGCAUUGAAGCGGCCAACCUGCAACGAUUCAAUCAAGAUUUUCGAAACGAUGACAGUGUCACAUUCCCUCAUCCACUCGAAGAACUCACCACGUCACGAGUAUUGACCGAAACAUUCGUUCAUGGGACACCCAUUAUGGAAUACACCAAAGCUUCGGUCGAUAUGCGCCGGCAGGUUGCAAAAAUUGGAUUGGAAACGACACUCAACAUGAUCUUUCUCAAAGAUUUCAUUCAUGGCGAUUUGCAUCCUGGAAACAUUCUUGUAUCGGAAAAACCAGACGGAACUCCCCAACUACAUUUCUUGGAUUGUGGCUUGGUGGUAGAAGUGGGACCCCACCAGCAUGAAAACAUGAUCAAGAUCCUCGGGGCAUUCACACGGAAAGAUGGACAACUCGCUGGACAACUCAUGGUGGACUCCUCUAGUGAAUCCCAAGCUUCCGAUCUGGAUGUCGAAUUGUUCAUCAAUGGGAUCGUACAUAUCAUCAAAAUGGAUGACGACAAUAACUUUAUUGAAAAGGUUGGAGACUACAUUGCAGAUAUUUGCUUCCUAGCUUGCAGGCACAAGGUGAAGUUGGAAGCCACAUUUGUCAAUGCUUCUCUUGCAGUGGAGAUUAUGGAAGGAAUUGCGGCUGCCUUGUACCCGGACAUGCACGUCCAGCCAAUUGCACUCAAGCUCAUCGUAAGGGCGGAAAUGAUGCACCGCAUGGGAAUGAAAUAG